UAUUUCUAAUGUCCCUAGAAUAGUAGUCCACCACUAUGUGGUAUUUCUAUGUCCCUAGAAUAGUCCACCACUGUGAGUUCUUUAAUUCUGACAUGUCAUUUUUACCAGUCAGUUAAUAACCAAUUCUUAUUUUCAAUGACGUCCCGGUGGGUUACAGGCACGCACGCUGCCCUGUUCAGGGGCAGAAUGACAGAUUUGUACCUUGGGGAUUUGAACUUGCAACCUUUCAGUUACUAGUCCAACACUCUAACCACUAGGCUAUCCUGCCACCCCAUGUUUACUAACUCUUAAAUCAGACAAUUACCUUGCAGUCCACACAGCUACUAUCUUCUAGUCCUCAUUGCUAGGUUAGUAAUAUCUGGUUAUGACGAUUACACACAUAACCAAUCAAUUAUGGAGAUAACUAUCAGACAUCACUACACUCUCUCUCUCACGCAUUUAUGUUCGGUGUGCAUGGUCCCCAUCCAUCAAAUCAUGUUUUUAUACUGUUUGAGAAACAAAUAAUGAACUGCAAUUAAGCCAUUUCAGUUGCCAGUUAUUGCGACCGGUGUCAGUCAUAUGCGGUGUGGAAAUAGAUAAGGCGUAUCUCUGUCACUGUGGCGAGUGGAGAUAUUCGGUUUGACCGAUGCCAUUAGAUGCGGAGUUUUCUGAGGCGCUUCAGCUGUGUCCUAUAUUGUACCGACUGAGAUGACCCACAUCCGUGCGCACGGCGACUGCCCAUAAACGAAUUAACUGUCUCUCUUCUGUUUCUUAUCUUCUCUCCCAUGUCCCUUUUCUUCCGCUUGCUCUGUUGCUCCUUAAGGGAAAAUCCACUCAGAAAUGAUCGUUAAGCAUCAUCAUACGGCGCAUUUUGCAUCAUCAUGAGGAUGUGGCAAGUGACAAUUUGAUUUUUGAAAGUCCUAUAUCUUGACAAUUCUGACAGGGAGAACACUUUAGGAAUUUAUCAACAGUGGACUAAUGAAAAAAUGGAUUUGUCCUUCAACGCAGCUCUCUCUCUCUUUCUCUUUAUUUCCCUCCCUCGCGCAAUUCGCCCGUUGUAUUGGGGUGGAUGACGCGGCACCCAUACCUGUGCUGUGUGCUUCUUGUGCCGGCUGGGCGUGCAGCCUGGGGAAGGAAUGGUGAUGGGGAUGCGGCUGCCAUGGUAACACGUCGAUUAGAUUCAGACCUUUGUGUGUAUUUAUUUAUUUAAUAUUUCAGUUGCGUGCGUGCGUGCGUGCCUGAGAGGUGACGGGCGUUUUGGAAGUCAGCCUGCAAUCGGAAUCAGAAUAGUAAGACUGGUGUCGCGUUCCUUUUGAGUUAUGAUUGGCCAUAGAAUUGCCUAUUUAAAUAUUUGGCUAUUCCUUCUCACGCUCAACAAGUUAUUCCGGUUGGAACAGUUCUUCAUGGAUAUAAUUCAUUCAAGUGCACUUAAUUUCCUUGCAUGGUUUUAUUCAUCAAGAUUUGUUAAAAACAUGUAAAUGAAACGAAGGUUUUGUUCAUCGUAAAUUAAUAGGAUGGACUCCAAAGAUGUCGCUGUAACGGUCCAAGGAUGUCAUUGGGAGUGACUGGAGAAGUGGAAGAGGAGGGGAAACGCGUCUGAAAUAGCAGAACAUUUAUCCGGGCGGAUUUGUAGACGUCACAUAUUCUGCACUUGCCCAGGUAGCCAACCACCCAAAACUACCACCUCUCAUCCACUGUCAAGAUGAACUCUUACAGAAUACUACCAUGUGUCGAUGAGAGCAAGAGGGAGACAUAUCCUUGACAACCAGAGAGGGAGGGUCAAAGAGCGACCUGCGUCAUUAUCCCUGAGAGAGAGACCAGGAAUUAGGUGCCAAUAUGCCUGGUGUGGAAACUCUGAGGGCGUCAGUAGAAAGGAGAAGGUGGGCCUCAGGCCAGGAGAACAAGGGAGGAUGGAGAGAUCUCGAUGAAGAAAAGCGAGCUGGGGAAAGGAGGAGAUGAGAGAAAGCACUGCCAGCAUAUUUUUGGAGUUACAAAUCUAUUGUUUUUACGUGGCAAACACCCAGAGGUGGGGUUAGGAUGCACAGAUCAGUGGAGAGGAGACAGAUCACUACAAGCCAUUGGAGAUUAUAAAACAUAUUUAAUCACCACCUUUCUCUUUCCCCAGACAGUCUUAGCUAGUAGCCUGUUAUUAGGCUCCUAGUUGAACAUUGACAGGACAUAUUGUCCCGUUUUGACUAUCUGUUUCCAGAGUGAGAGUGACAGGUUAUAUUGAUCUCCCUUUGUCCCCCUUCUCCCUGGUUAGGGGAUGGAUGGGAUGGCGGGAGGUGUUGGGCCCCCUGGCGGGGGUGAGGGUCGGCCGGGUCGUAGUGGAGGAGACUCUCAGAGGCGCAGUAAGGGCAGCCUGCCCUCCCCAGGGUACCGCCUCUCCCAGGCAUCGCUGGAGGGUGACAGGUCGGGGGUCGAGGGGUCCGGUUCUGGAGGGGGGCGACGGCGCCUCUCCAUCUUGAGUGCCACCAGAGACGGCCUCCCCUGCCGUUCAGCUGGCACCCCAACCACCCCUGUCCCCCUGCCCCCUCCUCCAGCCCCCUUCUCCUCCACCCAGCAGCGUUCUGUUGGCUUUUCCUCGUCACGCGCCGCCCUUGCCUCCACUUCCUCCUCCACCGGCACCGGAGUGGUCGUUGUAGCGUUGGGCCCGGAAACCACAGCAAACACGGCUUGUAACACCGUGGCGGGCACGCCGGAGAUGGGGAGUCUGUCUGGGACGGGGGGCAUGGGGGGGUUUGGGAUGGGUCUAGACGGGGAGGACUACAGCUACUCCAACCAGUCCACCUUCAUCCAGAGACAGUUUGGAGCCAUGCUGCAGCCGGGGGUCAACAAGUUCAGCCUGCGCAUGUUUGGGUCCCACAAGGCUGUGGCCAUGGAGCAGGAGAGACUCAAAUCAGCAGGGGAGUGGAUCAUACACCCCUACAGCGACUUCAGGUUCUACUGGGAUCUGAUCAUGUUGUGUUUGAUGAUGGGGAACCUGAUCAUCCUGCCAGUAGGAAUCACCUUCUUUAAGGAUGAGAACACUCCUCCCUGGAUCAUCUUCAACGUGGUCUCUGAUACUCUCUUCCUGGUUGACCUGGUCCUCAACUUCAGGACUGGUAUCGUCAAGGAGGACAGCACUGAGAUACUGCUAGACCCCAAGGCUAUCCGUCAGCGCUACCUAAAGAGCUGGUUUGCGGUGGACUUUGUGUCGUCCAUCCCUGUGGACUACAUCUUCCUGAUGGUGGACUUGGAGGCCCGGCUGGACUCCGAGGUUUACAGGACGGCCAGGGCCCUCCGCAUCGUACGCUUCACCAAGAUCCUCAGCCUGCUACGCCUGCUGCGCCUGUCACGACUCAUACGCUACAUCCACCAGUGGGAGGAGAUCUUCCAUAUGACCUAUGACCUGGCCAGUGCCAUGGUGAGGAUAGUCAACCUGAUAGGCAUGAUGCUGCUGCUGUGCCACUGGGACGGAUGUCUACAGUUCCUGGUUCCCAUGCUGCAGGACUUCCCCCUGGACUGCUGGGUCUCCAAGAAUAACAUGGUGAAUGAUACGUGGGGGAUCCAGUACUCCUAUGCCCUUUUCAAGGCGAUGAGCCACAUGUUGUGUAUUGGCUACGGUGCCCAGGCUCCAGAGGGCAUGACAGACGUGUGGCUCACCAUGCUCAGUAUGAUCAUUGGUGCCACCUGCUAUGCCAUGUUCAUCGGCCAUGCCACCGCUCUCAUACAGUCCCUGGACUCCUCAAGACGACAGUACCAGGAGAAAUAUAAGCAGGUGGAGCAGUACAUGUCGUUCCAUAAGCUCCCUGCAGAUGUCCGUCAGAGGAUUCAUGAGUACUAUGAGCAUCGCUUCCAGGGCAAGAUGUUUGACGAGGAGAACAUACUGGGUGAACUCAGCGAACCACUAAAGGAGGCGAUAGUUAGCUUUAACUGCCGUAGCCUGGUGGCUCACAUGCCGCUGUUUGCUAACGCGGACCCUAACUUUGUGACGGCAGUGCUGACCAAGCUUCGCUUCGAGGUGUUCCAGCCCAAUGACUUCAUCAUCCGAGAGGGCACGGUGGGACGCAAGAUGUACUUCAUUCAACACGGACGAGUCGGCAUACUCACCCGCGGAAACAAGGAGACCAAACUCAGUGAUGGGUCCUACUUUGGGGAGAUCUGUCUGUUGACUCGGGGCCGGAGGACGGCGAGCGUCAGAGCAGAUACAUACUGUCGUCUCUACUCCCUCAGUGUGGACAGCUUCAACGAGGUCCUGGAGGAACACCCUAUGAUGAGGCGGGCCUUCGAGACGGUGGCCGUCGACCGGUUGGACCGCAUCGGUAGGAAGAACUCUAUCCUGAUGAGGAAGCCGUCCCAGGCGGGUUCCAUGGCGGGGGGCAGCGGUUUGGGGCGUGGGGGUCGAGGAGGAGGGGGGGCGGGGCUAGGCAUGGGGGGGCUGGGCUCCUGUGACAGCAUGCUGGUUCAGCAGAUUGUUAAACACGACAGCAUGCCAGCCAUGCAGGAGGCCAUUGCUGCUGCCGCUGCAGGAAGGGGAGGGGCCACGGGAGGAAGUGGUACGGUCUCCCCUAGGCCCCACCCACUGAUCUGGGCUCCACUGAUCCACGCUCCGCUCCAGACGGCGGCCGCUACAACUAACGUGGCCAUCGCCCUCAUGCACCAGCAGCAGCAGCAACAGCAGCUUCAACAUCAGCUACAGCAGCAACAUCCCCUGCGCCCCUCUGUGAGUUCCCUCAUUGGGAUGAUGGGGGUAGGAGGGAUGGGGGGGCUGUCCCCUAGAGGGGGGUUUCCUGCCUUCCCCUCCCCCUCGCCCUUCCCCAUGGCCCCCCCGGGAGGUGUGAUAUCACCCCCUGUUGCUCAAACCCCACCCACACCGGCCUCCUCUGUCUCCACGUCAGUCCAAUUAGGAAAGACCCUGCACUACAGUCUCCGCCUCCACCCGGAACACUCUUCAGUGAUGGGUGGAACCCCAGGAAUCCCCAAGGUAGGAGGGGCCACCACACCCCAUCUGUUCUACCACGUGAAUCCAACUGCAGCCACCAGUGUCAUGUCAGACACUUGCAGUUCCAUGGCUGGCCAGCAUGGAGCCAAGGAGGCGCUAUUGCGUCACGGAGGCAGCAGCAACCAGGGCCUGCCUGCACUUGGGAGGCUCACCCAGGAGGCCAGGCUCCUCUCCGCCUCGCAGCCCACCCUGCCUCAUCGAUCCUGGGCAAGCAUGCAGCCUCACCCCCCUCUCGAGCGGAAGGCCUCUGGAGAGCCAAACCCUAACUGCAACCCCCACCCCAACCCCCACCCCAGCCUCCACUCCCACCCCAGCCCCCACCCCAGCCUCCACUCCCACCCCAGCCCCCACCCCAGCCUCCACCCCAGCCUCCACUCCCACCCCAGCCUCCACCCCAGCCUCCACUCCCACCCCAGCCUCCACUCCCACCCCAGCCUCCACUCCCACCCUAGCUCCAAACUCAACCUUGAUUCCCACCCCGUCUUCCAGUAA